CCUCUUCCUCCUCGAGCCCGGUAGUUGGAGCCUGCCCGGCAGCCCGCCCCCUUGUACAGCCUGUUUAUGCGCUGGCGGGGAUGGAGGCUGACGGGAGGCCGCGGCCCGACGAGCCGCGCUCGCCAUGAAGCACCGGCCGCGUUAUCAGAGGAAUCAUCACUGUGAAACACAGGAAUUCGGUGCAGCUCGCUGCCAACCCAACGCCAUGCAGGCCAACUCAAAUAACCGCCACGGUGCGCCGGGAACCGGCAAUGGCACCUCCACCUCCCAGUGCGCUCACACGGCAAGGCCACUGGGAGAAGGCUCUCAUCAGCACGGAGGGGAUGUCCUCAUCCAGCUAAGCUCUGUGCUGGAGGAACCUGGCGAACAUUCUGGCUCCAGGCAGCAUCCGCAGCUGGGGACUCAGAGCCGUGCACACCCCCACUCUCACAGCGAAGCACGUGGGCCCCAAGAUGGCAGCUCGGAUUUGGAGGACCAAAGCAGCAGCUCCCUCUCAGAGCUCAGAUAUCUCCUCCAGUGGUUACACAAGAGCCUCCCGUACAUCUUGAUCCUGUCCAUCAAGCUUCUCAUGCAGCAUAUAAUGGGCAUUUCUCUGGGAGUUGGGCUGCUAACAACUUAUAUGUAUGCAAACAAAAGCAUUGUAAAUCAGGUUUUCCUAAGAGAAAGGUGUUCCAGACUUCAGUGUGCUUGGUUACUGGCAUUCCUAACGGGAUCCUCAGUCCUCCUCUACUAUACCUUCUACUCACAGUCACUCCAUUUCAGCUUGAUCCUUUUAAGUCCAACUGUGGAUUUUAUGAACUUCUGGGAAGUGAUUUGGAUUGUGGGGAUUACUGACUUCAUUCUGAAGUUCCUCUUCAUGAGCUUCAAAUGCAUCAUUCUCCUCUUGCCUUCUUUUAUUAUGUCUUUUAAGUCCAAGGGUUACUGGUAUAUGCUGUUGGAAGAGCUCUGCCAGUGCUACCGUAAACUUGUCCCUGUGCCAAUUUGGUUCCGAUACUUUGUUGGCUUGAGGGAGCUGGACAGUGCCCUAGGAUGGAGUCUUGGCGUCUUGAUGGCCCUGCUCUAUCUUAUCCUAAAGCUUUUGAGCUUUUUUGGACAUCUGAAAAACUUCAGACAGGUCUUGCGGAUAUUUUAUACAAAACCAAACUAUGGGGUCGCAGCCAGCAAGAGGCAGUGUGCAGAAGCCGGCGACAUUUGCUCCAUCUGCCAAGCUGAAUUCCAGAAGCCCCUUCUUCUCAUCUGCCAGCACAUAUUCUGUGAAGAAUGCAUAGCUCUGUGGUUCAACAGAGAGAAAACAUGCCCCCUAUGCAGAACGAUUAUCUCCAACCACAUCAACAAAUGGAAAGAUGGGGCAACCUCUGCACAACUCCAGGUCUAUUAAAGCACUGUCGGACACAAGCUUUAACAGUGUAAACUCGUUUGAGUGCCAGGCUUUACAAUUGAAGGGAGGGGGAUUGCUUUGUUGGGAGGAUUGGGGGGGGGAGAGGAACGGAAAAUGUGCUUUUAAGUGUUAUGUCUAGAUUCUUCACCUCUCAGCUGCUACAGCACUUGAGGCCAUUCAGACACGUAGCGACUGACUGAAAGGCACCUUUCAUAGCAUGCUUUCCAUACUGAGUUCACCUUCAGAGGCUGUUCCAUGUAAAAUACACUAGAGCAGUCUUUGCCAAACUUUGUUCCCUUGCUGGUGUAGAACUACAACUCCUAUCAUCCCUGGGCAUUGGCUAAGCUGGCUGGGCUGAUGGGAGUUGUAAUUCAUCAUCAUCAGUGUGCAAGAGGAAAAGCUUGAGCCGUUGGACAGUCCCGCACGUCCAGGAGCAACCGCUUCAAAUUUGAGUGUUUCAGAGUUCUAUACUGGCUCUGUUACUAAAGCAGCAACAAGAUGAGUGUUGCGUCUGAUAUGCUAAAAAUCCAGCUUGCAUAAAUAUAGAUUCUUUAUCAGCUGCUGCCACCACCUCAGAGCGCUUGGCUCUUUAAACUAGAAGUUGCUAGUUCCUUCUCCCUUCUGCUGUUACUUCAUUAAGUAGAGGUAAAGACAUGUGAGAAAUAUGGAAUGACUUUUUUGCUCCAAAGUUCCAUAGGUCUGGACUGCAAUUAUGCACAGAGGGAUGUUUUUUCUACUUUUAUAAUCCUGACUUUUUUAAAAGCAAGAUCUUAAUAUUAUAUUUUGUCAUAAGCAGCUAGAUUUUAUUCAAAAGGGAAAAGGUCUAUUUUAAUAAUACUUAAUCUGUAGCGUAUCCUAAAGACUGGUGAGAAUAAAUGCAGUUUUAAUCUA